UAGGCCUCGGAGAUAAGACGAGGGAGUACGUCGAGAUGUGUGAUGUUUCCUAUCGCGCGCGGUUACCUGGAUAUGUCUCACGUUUGCAUCUGAUUUUAAAUCUCCAAUGACGACUCUCGUCCGCAUCUCGCUCGUCCUGUGCGCGCUCGUCGGUUAUUCCCGCUGUCAGCAGACUGUGGAGCAUGCUAUGAACGUUCAUAUUGGUGACAACUGCGAGAGGGACGCCGAAUGUAUCAAGAACGCAUUCUGUCGAUGGCAGCAAAACUGUUUGUGCAAUCCAUAUUAUUCGCCAAGUCCCGAUAAAUCCUUGUGCAUCGCCACCGUUGGAUUGAGUUGUGAAGAUCAUACAACGUGUCAAACUAUGGCAAAUGGCGAAUGCAGACAAGGCACGUGUUCUUGCAAGGACGAGUUCUUCUUAGACAGCACCAAUUCGUCAAAUUGCAUUCCUAGACCCAUUAAGAUCGGCGAUCGCUGUCAAAUAAUGACGAUAUGCCAAGAGAGUUUCGACUUUGCAUCAUGCAUCAACGAACAAUGCCAAUGUUACACGGGGUAUCAUUUUGUAAACGAAACACGAGCUUGCGUUCCAAAUCAAAGCUUGUAUACUUUUUGUAAUAGCGAUUACGAAUGCUACGAGGAUGACAAGUCCCCGGAUAUCUUGGAGUGUAAGAAUGGUCAAUGCGUGUGCAAAGAAGGGGAGCCACUAUGUGCUAAAGGUUCACUUUUCAUGGCCACCGGAACGAUCGUGACAAUUUCGUUGUUGAUACAACGAAUGGCUCAAUAGCGACUAAUUAAAAUAUGUGUUUAAUAUAUACUAUCUAUAGAUAUUUAAUUGGCCAUUCAAUUUUAUUCAUGCUAUUUUAUUUAACGCGAAAGAUGAACAAACCGAUGUAAGGCUUCAAAUUACACACUCGAAUUUAUA